AUGGCUACCACAAUAUCCACGAUCGCCGAGAGCAAAGAGCUCCGAGGUCUUAAUCUCAUCGCUGCGCACUCACAUAUCAGGGGACUUGGAGUUGAUCCAGACACUCUUCAGCCCCGACCCUCCUCACAAGGCCUAGUCGGCCAAGAAAAGGCACGGAAAGCUGCGGCGGUGAUUCUUCAGAUGGUAAAAGAUGGAAAAAUUGCUGGGCGUGCUGUUCUCAUAGCUGGUCCACCCAGCACUGGAAAAACAGCCAUUGCUAUGGGGAUGGCGCAGUCAUUAGGCCCAGACGUACCUUUCACAAUGGUCGCUUCGUCCGAGCUGUUCUCCCUCGAGAUGUCGAAAACAGAGGCGCUUACACAAGCAUUCCGCAAGUCCAUCGGUAUACGGAUAAAGGAAGAAAGUGAGAUUAUAGAGGGAGAAGUCGUGGAAAUACAGAUUGACCGUAGCGUUACCGGGGGUAACAAACAAGGCAAACUGACCAUUAAAACGACGGACAUGGAAACAAUUUAUGAUAUGGGAACCAAGAUGAUUGAGUCGAUGACAAAAGAGCGUGUCAUGGCCGGCGACGUUAUUUCUAUUGACAAGUCGUCUGGAAAAAUCACGAAACUCGGACGGUCCUUUGCUAGAUCUCGAGAUUAUGAUGCCAUGGGGGCAGAUACAAAAUUCGUCCAGUGUCCAGAAGGUGAGCUUCAAGUCCGCAAGGAGAUUGUGCACACUGUCAGCCUCCAUGAAAUAGAUGUAAUCAACUCUAGAACUCAGGGGUUUUUGGCGCUAUUUUCUGGGGAUACCGGUGAAAUAAGGAGCGAGGUGCGGGACCAAAUUAAUACAAAAGUUGGCGAGUGGAAAGAGGAAGGAAAGGCCGAGAUUAUUCCUGGAGUGCUCUUCAUUGAUGAAGUCCAUAUGCUGGAUAUCGAGUGCUUUUCGUACAUCAACCGUGCUCUUGAAGCCGACCUUGCUCCAAUUGUGAUUAUGGCCAGCAACAGGGGCAAUACCAGGAUCCGUGGAACCACAUACCGAUCUCCUCAUGGGUUGCCUCUAGACUUUCUUGAUAGGGUUGUCAUUGUUAGCACACAACCUUACACUGGAGAGGAAAUUCAAAAAAUCUUGGCCAUUCGGGCUCAGGAGGAAGAGAUUGAUCUUACAGCAGAUGCUUUGGCUCUUUUAACAAAGAUUGGCCAGGAAUCUGGGCUUCGUUAUGCCAGCAACAUCAUCACAACUUCUACGCUGCUCAGUCAGAAGCGAAAAUCCAAGGAUGUGGGCCUUGAGGAUGUACAGCGUAGUUAUCGACUCUUCUAUGACCCUGCUAGAAGCGUGAAUUUUGUCACGGAGUUCGAAAAGCGUUUCAUUGGAGAUGAAGGGCAGGUCAGCUUUUCUCAGUUGAAUGGGGAUGCCAUGGAUACGUCAUAA